AUGUAUCUCAAGGGAACAUUGUUAGCCCCGGUCGCGCUGGCAGCAGCCUGCCGGGCAAACAAUAUUGCACGCGAUGUUGAACCAUGUGCGCAGAUCACAAAUAUGGUUUCAAGUGCCAGUCAAGCUCAAUCGAGCACUUCGGUUUCUCAUGAAAUGGCAUAUCAAUGCUUGAUGUCGAUGCCUUUCGACUCGGACCGUGCGAUUGUCUUUUUGACUCAGGUUCGCAAGAUGCUCGAGUUUCAGUCAACGAUUGAUAUUCUUAAAAAUCCACCGUCUGGCUAUGACAUGCCUGCUGUCGAUCUUCUGGGGGGAAUUGAUCAUAUUCUGGAAAAUGUCAACAACAAUAACUAUUCUAGUCAGUUUGAGAUGGAUUUGGAUGUCUCUGAUCUGAUAAACUCGGCUCAUGAUGGUCACUUGGUUUUCCAGCUAUGCUCGCAGUCAAUAUUCAAAUUUCAGAUUGAUCUGCCUCUGGUGUCUAUUUCGUCUGAUGGACUUUCACUGCCGGAGGUGUACACGCUGAGCGAUGCGAAGGCCCAAAAAAGCGGUUCAAAGGACGUAUCAUCUAUUGAAUCCAUAAACGGCACUGCUGUUGCCGAGUAUCUCGAAUCAUAUGCUCUCAGCCAAGGCCUUCAAGACCGUGAUGCACAGUACAACCGACUCUUCCCAGCACUGGCCCGCAUGUAUACCAAUACUCCUACUAGCCAAGAUGGCAUAUGGGCUAGCAAUCGUGCCUGGACUGAAGGGUCAGAGCUCACCAUCAAGUACUCAAACGGAACUAGUCAAACCGUACAGAAGACUGCUACACCAAUGGAGCGAUACUUCUCCUACCAGAACGGAACAGAGCUGUACAAUAUCAAUUGUCUUCCGCAAAGCUUGCCAACAGAGACGAGCUCUGAUGCUGGUGCUGAGCAGGCAUCUGAGGCGACUGGGCUGCCUGGCGCUACAUUGGGCAGUCCUGAGGGCUCCAUUGCUGGCUACUUCUUGAACUUUACUGGCCUGCAAGACACGGGUAUUCUUUUCUUACCAACAUUCUCAUCGAGUCCAUCACAAGUGGCCCAGGUGGCUGUUGACUUCUUACAAAACGCUACUGCAGCAGGAAAGAAGAAUAUCCUGAUCGAUGUGACUGCCAAUCCUGGGGGAUAUAUGUCUACUGGCAUAGAUAUGUCCCGUAUUUUCUUCCCCAGCUCAUUCCCCUACACUGCGACUCGUUUCAGAGCACACGACAGUGCGAAGUAUCUGACCCAGGCCUAUUCGCGUGAUAACACAAAGGAUACGAGCAAUAUUUUCGCCUACAGACAAAUGGUCACACCGAGCCAGGAGACUGGAUUCAGUUCCUGGGAAGAUCUUUAUGGCCCUCAUGAUAUCUUGGGGAGUUCUUCAUCCAGCCUCUUGGCCAAUUUCAACUACACAUCUUCCUCGACCACGUCAUUCCCAAUUAAUGGAUAUGGUUCCAUUCCACUGAACCCCGACAAAGCUCUCUUUGCUGCAGAUAACAUCGCCAUCAUAACAGACGGCGACUGCGUCUCCACCUGCGCCUUUUUCGUCAAACUAAUGAAACGCCAAGGCGUCCGCACAAUCACCUUCGGUGGUCGUCCCACAAAUGAGCCCAUGCAGGGCGUCGGCGGCGUGAAAGGUGGCCAAUCUCUUGGAGUGGACUAUAUCAACGGCUAUAUUCAGCAAGCAAACACACUGAUCCGCAACUCAGCCAAUACGUCCUCUCCACUACUGACACAGGCCGAAUGGAAGAAGUUCAACGAGUCCAGCCCUAGUCUUGCGGAGUCGUUUGCGUGGAGCGGCAAUUUGAACCUGCGUAAUGAGUAUGAUCCGGGUGACGAUGAGACGCCGUUGCAGUUUGUUUAUGAAGCGGCGGAAUGUCGGCUUUUCUACACUUUGGAGAAUUAUUUGCAGCAGGAGACGAUCUGGCAGGCUGCUGCUAAGGCGAUGUUUGGAACCUUUGGGUGCGUGAAUGGGUCUACGGGUGGGACAGGUAGCUUGAAUCAUUCCUGA